AUGGCGUCUUCCCUCGUCCCCUCCACCGCCGCCGCCGCCUCCGGCAAUGGCCGCCGCCCCCUCGUCUCCUUCUCGUCGUCCCUCUCUUCCUCCGCUGCUCCGCUCCUCCGCCGCCGCGCAGCCGCCGCCGUCCCCCUCCUCCGCCCUCGCUCCCGAAGGUCCCCUUCCAAAAUCUGCGCCAAGAUCCGGGAGAUCUUCAUGCCGGCGCUGAGCUCCACCAUGACGGAGGGAAAGAUUGUGUCUUGGGUGAAGUCUGAGGGCGACCGCCUCUCCAAGGGGGAGAGCGUCGUCGUCGUGGAGUCCGACAAGGCCGACAUGGACGUGGAGACCUUCUACGACGGCAUCCUCGCGGCCAUCGUCGUCUCGGAAGGGCAGAGCGCCCCCGUCGGCGCCCCUAUCGGCCUCCUCGCCGAGACCGAGGAAGAGAUCGCAGAGGCUCGUGCGCGCGCCCAGUCGCAGGGGCAGGCUCCUCCACCUUCCCCUCCCUCUCCUCCUCCUCCUCCUCCACCUCCUGCGGCAGCGGUGGCGGCGCCGCCGGUGCAGGCGAUUGAGAAGCCUGCCGUCGCAGCUGGACCCAAGAGCACUGUGCUGACGCCCUACGCAAAGAAGCUGGCGAAGCAGUACAAGGUUGAUGUUGCAUCUAUUGUGGGCACUGGGCCGUAUGGGAGAGUAACUCCUUCAGAUGUGGAGGCGGCUGCUGGAAUUGUACCCAAGGUGGCAGCUUCUUCACCUCCUCCAUCUUCUCCGGCAGUGGUUGCCACCGCUGCGGCAGUGGCGCCUGCGCCUAAAGCUGCUCCUCCUGCUGCUCCAGCGCCACCAAUUCCUGGUGCCACCGUGGUUCCCUUCACGACCAUGCAGGCGGCUGUGUCGAAGAACAUGGUGGAGAGCCUAUCUGUGCCAACGUUCCGCGUGGGUUAUCCUGUGAAGACAGACGCCCUGGACGCCCUCUAUGAGAAGGUUUUUCUCUUCUCUCUCCAUCUUGCUUACAUUCGUGCCCACAUGAUAUCUAACUACUGAGUAAUUCUACCUUGAAAUCGGUAAAAAAAACGUGAAAAUACACGACAUUCUUGCUAAAGUUGUACAAUUACGAUCGUGAUGUCAUCAGAAAUUGUCGAUUUCUCUCGCAAUUAAUUUCCGGCAGCAAGUUCAGGCCUUCGCUUUAUUUCCAUCGGUUUGUCAUCAAACUGUCCAGAACUGUCAAGAACUAUGUUAGGAAAUAAAUUCAAAGGCAGUCCUGGUUUCUCUCCUUCCAUAAAUUCACGCUUUUUAAGUCAACAGAGAUGUUCUAGACAUAUUUUUCCUUCCAUGCUGGUCAACUAUCCAUUCUGGUCAACGAUCCAUUCUGGUUUUAAAGAUGAACUCUUCUUGUGCCAAUAAAUUUCAUAGGUUAAGCCCAAGGGUGUUACAAUGACUGUGCUCCUCGCCAAGGCCGCAGCCAUGGCUCUUGCUCAGCAUCCCGUGGUCAACUCCACUUGCAAGGACGGGAAGAGCUUCACUUAUAACAGCAGCAUCAAUAUUGCAGUUGCUGUUGCAAUCGAUGGUGGGCUCAUAACUCCUGUUCUUCAGGACGCAGAUAAGGUCUGUAUAAAUUCAUGACGGCUUCAAGGAUCGUUACCCAUCUCUGCAUUUGAAACUAAUGGGAACAUUAUGCAGUUUGAUAUUUAUCUCCUAUCCCAAAGAUGGAAGGAGCUGGUGGGCAAGGCCCGUGCUAAACAGCUCCAACCUAGUGAAUACAAUUCAGGUCUCUCUCUCUCUCUCUCUCUCUCUCUCUCUCUCUCUCUCUCUCUCACCUCAUGUUUUAGAUUCACAAUCUUGCUGACGAAUUCCUUUCUUUCCAUGCUUUACUCUCUCUCUCUCUCUCUCUCUCUCUCUCUCUCUCUCUCUCUCUCUCUCUCUCUAUCUCUCUUUUUUUUUUAAGCCCAUGUUUUAGAUUCACAAUUUUGCUGACGGAUCACUGCGGUGUUCUACAGGAACAUUUACCUUGUCCAAUUUGGGCAUGUUCGGUGUGGACAGAUUUGAUGCAAUUCUCCCCCCCGGACAGGUGCAAUUCUUGCCCAAUAUCAUGUGCAAUUUUUUUUCCUGGAAUGCGUCAAUAAGUUGGAGAUCUGAUCUUCUGGAUUCAGGGUGCGAUUAUGGCUGUUGGAGCAUCAAAGCCCACCGUCGUCGCCGAUGCAGAUGGUUUCUUCAGUGUGAAGAACAAAAUGCUGGUAAAUUCCAUGCCCUACUCGAGAACCCAAAGAGCUAUGUAUCAGUUCAUUGCAUCUUUUAGUAUUAGUGAGAGAUCUGACGGCAAUGAUCAUGCAUAUAUUAUAGACUAAGAUGGAUGCCGGGCCAAGAAAUCUGGGCCAGAUGGGGGGGUUUUUUAGUAUGAAAUCUAGGGUUCGUCAUGGGAUUUAUUCCAUCUGGAUGUAGUUGGUGGCAUCCUCUCUAGGGUUUCUCCUUGGAGCUCAUGGGCUUGAUUGAUGACUGAGGUGCUGAUUGAUGAUGGCCUCGCCUCCAUCUUUGAUCAUAUGGGUUGCCCGGAAUAUAGCAAUAUUGAUAACAUCAUAUGGUAGGGAUGUUGCUAUUCCAAGAUGAAAAUCAUUUCAUUUAUGCGGCCCCCUUCUGUUUCUUCAGGUGAAUGUGACGGCUGACCACCGGAUCAUCUAUGGCGCUGACUUGGCGGCGUUCCUCCAGGCAUUUGCAAAGAUAGUUGAGAACCCCGACAGCCUCACCUUGUAG